AUGAGUUACGACCAGGAAAGUGGUAAGAAUCUUUCUACCUGUCUGGAGCACAUAAGAUCACAGGUGUUUUUAGGUCACCAUGUGGACAGGUCCAGAAGCAAGGCUUACCCCAACGCCCUGCUGCUGCUCACCCUCUUCCCACUCAACAUCAACCUUUUACAAGGAAAUGAUGGGGAGAUCUGCCUUUGGCUGCGCUUCGAACGGUCGGGGCAACGAGAGGCUGCGUUCCGAGGUGUUCGCUUCAGGGACAUCACACGCUGGUGCACUGGGUCACUAGGUCAGCAGAGGAGCCGCUCCUGGUCCGCAGACGGAGGAGGCCAGAACCUGCCAGCAGUCAAGGUCCUUGAGUCCCCAUCACCAAGCACCUGCCUGAGGUCACAUACCACAGCCAUCAUGUCUGGAUCUCCAAAGCCUUACCAACUUGAGGAAGACCGCGAGGACCAAAGCACCAUAGAGGAGGUUUCUGCUGCUGGAAUGCUGGAUCCUUCUCAGUGUCCUGAGAGAGGCUCCUCUCCCUCCAACACCAUGGUAGCCACCCCAUUGAGCCAAACCCAUGGGGGCUCCAGCAGUGAACAAGAGCAAGGUUUAUUCUCCUUACCAGCCUUGCUAGACACUGAUUCCUUGCUUAGUGAUGUCUUAGGUGGUAAGGUGGCUAAAUUGAUGGAGUUCCUGGCCAUUAAGUACCUAAUUAAGGAGCCAACCACCAUGGAAGAAAUGCAGAUGGUUGUCACCAGAGAUUAUGAGGAGCACUUCCCUGUGAUCUUUGGGGAAGCUUCUAAGUAUAUGCAGCUGGUCUUUGGCAUUGAUAUAGAGGAAGUGGGCCCUACCAGCCCCUUCUAUGUUCUUACUCCUUCCCUGGGCCUCACCUAUGAUGGGAUAGUGAGUGAUGAACAGAGCCACCCCAGGACCAUCGUCCUGAUUUUCAUCCUGGGUGCCAUCCAUCUUCAGGGCAACCGUGCCAGUGAGGAAGCCAUCUGGGAAGUGCUGAGUGGGGUGGGGUUGUAUCCUGGGAAGGAGCACUGCAUAUAUGGGGAACCCAGGAAAUUCCUUACCAAGGAUUUGGUGCAGGAACAGUACUUAGUGUGUGUGGAGGUGCCAGACAGUGACCCUCCUCAGUAUGAGUUCCUAUGGGGUCCAAGGGCCCAUGCUGAAACCAGUGUGGAAAAAGUCCUGGAAUUUUUGGACAAGUUCAAAGAUAGCAACCUUAAGGCCUUGCCUAGCUGUCAUUAAGAGGGUUCAGAAGAUGAAGAAGAGAGUCCCACACUCAAUGCCAGUAGAAGAGUGGUGAUAAGUGGAUGACUUGAAGAUUGUUUCCUUUUAAUAGAGGGUUUAAUUAACUUCAAAUUGUGCAUUUUGAUGGCGCUGGUCACAAACAUAUUGCUAUUUGUAAAUGGUUGUCUGUCUCUGAAUAUGUUUUCAUUCUUUUACUCCUAAAAUAAAAAAAAAACCAUUGCUGUUUAUGCAUUUUAAGAGUUCAGCUGUUUUAUAAAACAAAUUGUAAAACCUCCCAUCCUAUUUUGUGAUCUGAAACAAGGUAACCUGUCUUUGGA